AUGGCGAACAAUCACCCUCCGUCUUUGCGACCGAAUAACGGCAACAACGUCAAUAACAAUCCUACACAGUCGCCACCACCGCUCUAUACCAAUUCUUAUUACAGCUGGAAUCCAUCUGAUUCGUCACCCAAUUCACCACCACCCAAUUCGCAAUCCAGUUACCCAUCGCCAUCUUCUCCGACAAUGAAUAGAAUUUACGGUCCUGAAACGGUUUACGAUCCGACACCGUUUUACAAUCCCGAGUCGCUUUACAAUCCCGAAACGGCAUACAAUCCGGAAACAGCUUACAAUCCGGAAACAGCUUACACUUCGGAAACAUUUUACAAUCCCAGGGUUUACAAUCCCGAAACGGUUCACACUCCGGAAACUGCUUACGAUUCCCAGACAUUUUACACUCCUCAGGCGGUUUAUAGUCCCCAAACAAACUACAAUACUGAUACGGGCUAUCCAACCACACUUGGCCAGGCCCCCGCGACAUCUUUUUCGACACCAACCUUGUAA